AGGAAGCUGAGGGUUUCCGUCGCUAACUCCCCUCCCCACUUGCUCAGGGCCCUCCAAUCCGCAGCUCUGCGUGCGGGGGCGCGCGCAUCCCCCCGCCGUCCGUCCGUCAGUUGUCUGUCUGGGUGUUACGCGGGCGCAGCCGUGCACCUUUCCCCAGCCUCAGGCGCUGCGCAGGGACAGACAAGGCGUUCACAGCGUCCUGACCGCGCUCCACGCCCGCAGCCGCCAGACGGCAUCGCUUGCGUCCGUGCCCGCCCCAGCCGGUGAGCGGGAGCCGCGGGGGCAAAGGCGCAGCGGACCAUCUCUCGUGCCCUCGAUCUCUGCGCUCCGGAGCAGCUGAGCCCCGGCCACCCGCCUUCGAAGAUGAAGAAGCUCCAGGGAGCUCACCUCCGCAAGCCUAUCACCCCAGACCUGCUGAUGACCCCCAGUGACCAGGGCGAUGUUGACCUGGAUGUGGACUUUGCUGCAGACAGGGGCAACUGGACAGGAAAGCUGGACUUCCUGCUGUCCUGCAUUGGCUACUGUGUAGGCCUGGGGAAUGUCUGGCGUUUCCCCUAUCGAGCCUACACCAACGGAGGAGGCGCCUUCCUCGUGCCCUACUUCCUCAUGCUGGCCAUCUGUGGCAUCCCCCUCUUCUUCCUGGAGCUCUCCCUGGGCCAGUUCUCCAGCCUAGGGCCGCUGGCUGUCUGGAAAAUCAGCCCCCUCUUCAAAGGCGCCGGCGCAGCCAUGCUGCUCAUCGUGGGCCUGGUGGCCAUCUACUACAACAUGAUCAUCGCCUACGUGCUCUUCUACCUCUUCGCCUCCCUCACCAGCGACCUACCCUGGGAGCACUGUGGCAAUUGGUGGAACACAGAACUCUGCCUGGAGCACAGAGGCUCCAAGGACGGCAACGGGGCCCUGCCCCUCAACCUCACCUGCACCGUCAGCCCCAGCGAGGAGUACUGGAGCCGCUACGUCCUCCACAUCCAAGGCAGCCAGGGCAUCGGCAGCCCUGGGGAGAUCCGCUGGAACCUCUGCCUCUGCCUGCUGCUGGCCUGGGUCAUCGUGUUCCUCUGUAUUCUCAAGGGUGUGAAGUCUUCUGGCAAGGUGGUGUAUUUCACGGCCACGUUCCCCUACCUCAUCCUGCUCAUGCUGCUGGUCCGCGGAGUCACCCUCCCAGGGGCCUGGAAGGGCAUCCAGUUCUAUCUCACCCCCCAGUUCCACCACCUGUUGUCUUCCAAGGUGUGGAUUGAAGCUGCUCUUCAGAUCUUCUAUUCCCUGGGUGUGGGCUUCGGAGGGCUCCUCACCUUUGCCUCCUACAACACAUUUCACCAGAACAUCUAUAGAGACACUUUCAUCGUCACUCUGGGCAACGCCAUCACCAGCAUCCUGGCUGGCUUUGCCAUCUUCUCCGUGCUGGGCUACAUGUCUCAGGAGCUGGGCGUGCCUGUGGACCAAGUAGCCAAAGCAGGCCCUGGCCUGGCCUUUGUCGUCUACCCACAGGCCAUGACCAUGCUGCCUCUGUCGCCCUUCUGGUCCUUUCUCUUCUUCUUCAUGCUUCUGACUCUCGGCCUGGACAGCCAGUUUGCUUUUCUGGAGACCAUUGUGACAGCUGUGACGGAUGAGUUCCCAUACUACCUGCGGCCCAAGAAGGUGGUGUUCUCAGGGCUCAUCUGCGUGGCCAUGUACCUGAUGGGGCUGAUCCUCACCACCGAUGGGGGCAUGUACUGGCUGGUCCUUCUGGAUGACUACAGCGCCAGCUUUGGGCUGAUGGUGGUGGUGAUCACCACAUGCCUUGCCGUGACACGGGUGUAUGGCAUUCAAAGGUUCUGCCGAGACAUCCACAUGAUGCUGGGCUUCAAGCCGGGCCUCUACUUCAGGGCCUGCUGGCUGUUCCUGUCCCCAGCCACGCUCUUGGCCCUGCUGGUGUAUAGCAUUGUCAAGUACCAGCCCUCAGAGUAUGGCAGCUACCGCUUCCCACCCUGGGCUGAGCUGCUGGGCAUCCUGAUGGGCCUGCUGUCCUGCCUCAUGAUCCCAGCUGGCAUGCUGGUGGCUGUGCUUCGAGAAGAGGGCUCAUUCUGGGAGCGGCUCCAACAGGCCAGCCGGCCGGCCAUGGACUGGGGACCAUCCCUGGAGGAGAACCGGACGGGCAUGUAUGUGGCCACGCUGGCUGGGAGCCAAUCACCAAAGCCACUGAUGGUGCACAUGCGCAAGUACGGGGGCAUCACCAGCUUCGAGAACACGGCCAUUGAGGUGGACCGUGAGAUUGCAGAGGAGGAGGAGUCGAUGAUGUGAGGCAGGAGGCAGGUGGGCCUCACAGUCCCUUCUUAGAAGCCUGCAAAGGUCAGCUGUGCUCUCUGGGAUUCUGAGAGGCUAUGGGGGGCUGCCAUAAAGAUGCCAGUCCCCCAGUGGGGGUCCCUCUUGCAGCCUCUGCCUCUCCUGAAACCUCUGACAACCCCUACGCACACAGGCAUACUCAGACCCACUCAAAGCUGAGAAUGAUCCAACUCAGCCCUAUUUUGCAGAUGGACAUAUUGAGGCCAGGAGGGGAGGGACUUGCCCUAGGUCUCAUGGCAGAGGGGACUUGACCUCAAACCUCCUGACCAGUCAGCUCCCUUUCCCAUGGGGCAGCCGGCACCACCUUCUCAUCUCUAUUCAGGGCCUACACCCCUCCCUGUUUAGGGGGAGCCUGUCCCCAUGCACCUCAGCACAACCAGAAUCUGGAGCUGGGCAGGGAGGGUCAGGGCCACAGAGGCUCUUGAGGCUCCGAGGCCCUGGGGAUCAAGGGUCAAUUAGCUCCUUGGGAAGAAAGAUCCCUGGGGGCUCCUGUGUGCAGGACUCCUGAAGGAGGUGGGAGCUGAGGGCCCUGGAGGAUGGGGAAGUUUGCAGAGAGAGGAAGAAGAGGGCAAGGUCGGGAGGAGCUCUGGGCCAGAGGAUGCUGAGCUGCCUGGGCAGAGACCAAGAGGGUUGGAGACAUUGAUUUUACCAGGUUACAGGAGGGUUCAAGACAGAAGGAAAACUAACAGAGGGGAGUCAGGGAUGAUGGGGUGGGCAGGGGAUUUGCAUGAAGAAUAUCAAUCUGGGUCUGUGCAGGGUGGAUUGGAGGGGACAGGGUGGAGUGGGGAGGUCUGUGCAAAGUGGGAAAGGGGUGCCAGUGGCCUGAGCCAGGGCGCUGGGGCUGCGGGUGGGGACAGGAGGCCCCAGCACUUCAGAGAAAGGCCACCCCUUCACCCACUGGACCCCAAGCCGCACAAGCUGGGGAGGUAGGAAGGGUCACUGUGAGGGCCCAGGGCCCCUCUCUUCCCAUCUCUCUUGUCCUGGUGGCCUGCAGUGUCUCCUCCAGUUCAGGAGCUGCUAGGAAGCUGGCCUUGGUUGCUGGUGACAGGGCAACCAUGAGACUAGGAGGUGGCCCACACACAUGGCUGGCUGGUCCCGAGGUCACCCACUCUGCUCCAGGACAUGGGCCCUGGGCCCAGUGUAGGGGUAGAGGCAGAGGGCAGAGGGUAGCCCUUGGUACUGUGGGUCCCUCAGAGAGGAGGGUGGGGUGCAGAAAUGCCUCAGCAUGGCUUAUGCACACAGCAUUCUCCCGUGGGGCAGGGCUCCCUCGUGCAACUGUGGCCAGCCUCUAUGCCUGUCUCUCGCUGUGUCUCCCCAUCUCCUUGUGUUCUGUUGGUUUAUUGUUAAUAAAUAUCAAAUGAGGUCAUGCUCCUUA